CAUUUCCGGUUCCGUACGGACGCACCGGAGCGAGCAACAUGGCGAAGGCCGGCGAAAAGAGUGGCGGCAGCGGUAAGAAAGGCUUGAAAAGGAAAGCCGCUGUAGCAGACCCUCAAGAGGCUGCAGUCGCCGGGGAUGGCGCGACGGAAGGCGGGGUCCAGCCCCCGAAAGCGACUGCCUUCCCCCCAGGCUUCAGCAUUUCGGAAAUUAAGAACAAGCAGCGGCGACACUUAAUGUUCACGCGGUGGAAACAGCAGCAGCGAAAGGAAAAGUUGAUUGCUAAGAAAAAACUUAAAAAAGAGAGAGAAGCUCUUGGUGAUAAGGCUCCACCAAAACCAGUUCCAAAGACUAUCGACAACCAGCGAGUCUAUGAUGAGACUACAGUAGACCCUAAUGAUGAGGAGGUUGCUUAUGAUGAAUCUACAGAUGAAUUUGCUCCUUACUUCAACAGAGAAACUUCUCCCAAGAUUCUCAUCACAACAUCAGAUAGACCCCAUGGGAGAACAGUAAAACUCUGCCAGCAGCUCUCAACAGUUAUACCCAACUCACAUGUUUAUUAUAGAAGAGGACUGGCUCUGAAAAAAAUUAUUCCACAAUGCAUCUCAAGAGAUUUCACUGAUCUAAUUGUAGUUAAUGAAGAUCGUAAAACACCAAAUGGACUUAUUUUGAGUCACUUGCCAAAUGGUCCAACUGCUCAUUUUAAAAUGAGCAGUGUUCGUCUUCGAAAAGAAAUUAAGAGAAGGGGCAAGGACCCAACAGAACACGUACCUGAAAUAAUUUUGAAUAACUUUACAACAAGGUUGGGUCAUUCAAUUGGACGUAUGUUUGCUUCUCUUUUUCCCCACAAUCCUCAAUUUAUUGGAAGACAGGUUGCCACAUUCCACAAUCAGAGGGAUUACAUUUUCUUCAGAUUUCAUAGGUACAUAUUCAAGAGUGAAAAGAAAGUGGGAAUUCAAGAACUUGGACCACGUUUUACCUUAAAAUUAAGAUCUCUUCAGAAAGGAACCUUUGAUUCUAAAUACGGAGAGUAUGAAUGGGUCCAUAAGCCCCGGGAAAUGGAUACAAGUCGAAGAAAAUUCCAUUUAUAAAGUACUAUAGAAAUAAAUACUAGAUUUUGUUGAACAGGCCUAUCUUGAACUUGGUAAAUUCUUUUUGAGAGAACACCAUCUUCAAAAUAACAUUUAGUAGGCUAGGGAGAGUUCGGCGGUGUAAGCGCCUGCCUGGCAAGCAUAAAGACUUGAGUUAAAUCCUCAGUAUCACAUGCUGUGCUGUUCCAAAACCGGGUGUGAUAGCACAGCCUUAUAAUCCCAGU